AUGUCCGAUCAACAACCAGAUCAGGUUCCACCACUUGUUGUUGUUGCGGUGGUGGUAGUGGUGGUAGUGUCGGCAUCAGAUGAUGACAGACAUUCCCAACAACAGCAACAAGCACAGCAACAAAUGGUAAUAGACCCCGGUGCUAAUCCUGCCAAUAGGAUAGGUAAAUAUCAAAUCAUCAAGACAUUAGGAGAAGGUUCAUUUGGAAAAGUCAAAUUGGCCCAACAUUUAGUCACAGGACAAAGAGUUGCCCUUAAGAUUAUUAAUCGAAAGACAUUGGCAAAAUCAGAUAUGCAAGGACGAGUUGAACGAGAAAUUUCAUAUUUAAGAUUAUUAAGACAUCCCCAUAUUAUUAAAUUAUAUGAUGUUAUUAAAUCCAAGGAUGAAAUUAUUAUGGUGAUUGAAUUUGCUGGGAAAGAAUUAUUUGAUUAUAUUGUUCAACGAGGUAAAAUGGCUGAAGAUGAAGCUAGAAGAUUUUUCCAACAAAUUAUUGCUGCUGUUGAAUAUUGUCAUAGACAUAAAAUCGUUCAUCGUGAUUUAAAACCCGAGAAUUUAUUAUUGGAUGAUCAAUUAAAUGUCAAAAUUGCUGAUUUUGGACUUUCGAAUAUUAUGACCGAUGGAAAUUUCUUAAAAACAAGUUGUGGAUCUCCAAAUUAUGCUGCACCUGAAGUUAUUAGUGGGAAAUUAUAUGCGGGACCAGAAGUUGAUGUUUGGUCAGCUGGAGUUAUUUUAUAUGUGAUGUUAUGUGGUAGAUUACCAUUUGAUGAUGAAUUUAUUCCAACAUUAUUUAAAAAAAUUAGUAAUGGGGUUUAUACCUUACCUAAUUAUUUAUCACCCGGUUCGAAACAUUUAUUAACCAGAAUGUUGGUGGUUAACCCCUUGAAUAGAAUAACGAUUCAUGAAUUAAUGGAAGAUGAAUGGUUUAAAAAAGAUAUGCCUGAUUAUUUAUUACCUCCUGAUUUAUCCAAAACAAAACACAACAAGAUCGAAAUUGAUGAAGAUGUAAUUCGUGCAUUAUCAAUGACAAUGGGAUAUGAUCGAGAUGAAAUCAUCAAUGUAAUUGAACGUUGUAAUAAAUUAUCCUCCCCACAACAACAAUCAAAUGAAAUCUUGGAUGCAUAUUUAUUAAUGAAAGAAAAUCGAACAUUAGUCCGUGAUUUAAAACAAUCAAAGGCAGAAAGAAUUGAUUCUUUCUUAUCUUCAUCACCACCACCUGCAACUUCUUCUUUCGCUCCGGGGUCAACUACAAGUCGUGGUCCCCAUGUUGUUAGUAAUUGUAUAGUUUGUAAUCGGUGGCACGGCGAUUUAUCCACCUUGCCUACAUCAACAAUCGCAAUCUUACCAUCUUCAUUACCAUCAAUCCAUCGUGCAUUCAUGAUGGAAGAUGCCGCCAAUAAUGGAGGUGCUAACUCCCAAUUAAAUCAAAUCAACCCUACUCCUACUAAAAAACUGAGAACAAGAUGGCAUUUUGGGAUCAGAUCAAGAUCAUAUCCAUUAGAUGUCAUGGGUGAAAUAUAUCGUGCCUUGAAGAAUUUGGGAGCGGAAUGGGCUAAGCCUACAGAAGAAGAAUUAUGGACAAUUAGAGUCAGAUGGAAAUAUAAAUCCGGCUCGGAUGAUGAUGAUGAAGAAAUGGGAGAGGAUGGUACUUGUACUAGACCUAAUUUAAUGAGAAUGCAAAUUCAAUUAUUUCAAUUGGAACCAAAUAAUUAUUUGGUUGAUUUUAAAUUUGAUGGAUGGGAAAGUUCAACUGGUAAUAAAAAUAAUAAUACUAAUGAUGAGAAUUUAAAACAAGAUUUAGAUGAAGUUGGAUCAUUUUCGGCAUAUCCCUUUUUACAUUUGGCUACUAGAUUGAUUAUGGAAUUAGCGGUGAAUAAGCAGUUGCUUACUGGCAAUGAUCUCGCUCUUAUCUGUAUCGCUGUUAUCUUCCCACCAGUUGCCGUGGCAAUUCAAAGAGGAUGUACGGGCGACGUUUUAAUCAACAUCUUAUUAACUUUGUUAUUCCACUGGCCCGGAGUUGUACAUGCCAUGUAUCUUAUCGUCAAGGAUAGAGAUAAUGAAGAAGAGUGGAAUCGCUUGUAUCCACAGCCACCUCAAGAGAAGGGAUAUGUUGACAUGCAUCAAGCUCCUGUUGCUGAAUCGCAACAGACAACUCCGGUAGAAGAUAUCGGAGCCCUUCCCUAUUCUGCUAGAGACAUUGGAGGGGAGAAUGUUCAACCACAACAGCAAUAUACUCAGCCACAAGAGCACAAGCAACAACUGUUCAGCCAACCUCAACAGCAAUUCAAUCCAUCGCAGCAGUACGGUCAACCACAACAACCACUCGGUCAAUCCC